GAAACCCACCCGCGCGCGGCCAUUGAUCACGGAGUUGGACGUGGUUGGCUGGCUCGUCCGGGGUUCACGCGAGUGCGCGCAGGGAGUGGAUAUCGAUCGUCCGUGCCGUGAUAGCGUCGUUUUCCGCCGUCGUUCGCCGUCGGUUUGCGUUUUCUUCUGUCCACGAGCUACACAGGACUCGCAAUCCUGUUCAGGGCCCUCAAAAUGGUGAAGAUGGAGCACGACGAUGGUAAAAACGAACCAGAGCACGUUAGGAAGCUGUUCAUCGGCGGACUGGAUUAUAGAACGACGGAUGAUUCACUGAAGAAGCACUUUGAGCAAUGGGGCGAGAUAGUGGACGUGGUGGUUAUGAAAGAUCCCAAAACAAAGCGUUCGAGAGGCUUUGGAUUCAUCACCUAUUCUCGCGCUCACAUGGUGGAUGAUGCUCAGAAUGCUAGACCUCACAGAGUAGAUGGUAGGGUGGUCGAGCCUAAGAGAGCGGUUCCCAGGCAAGAGAUUGGCCGUCCGGAAGCGGGGGCUACCGUGAAGAAACUUUUCGUAGGUGGCUUGAAGGACGACCACGAGGAGGAAGACCUCAGGCAGUAUUUUCAGAGUUACGGCAGCAUAAACUCGAUCAGCAUAGUGACCGACAAGGAGACUGGCAAGAAACGUGGCUUCGGCUUUGUUGAAUUCGACGAUUAUGAUCCUGUCGACAAGAUCUGUUUACAGCGUAAUCACCAGAUUCGCGGCAAGCAUGUUGAUGUCAAGAAGGCUUUAAGCAGAGCGGAAAUGGCGUCCGCUUCCGGAGGCGGUGGCGGCGGUGGCGGCGGCAGCCGCGGUGGCCAGGGUGUAGGCAGGGGACCUCGCGGUGGUAACCAGGGCGGCGGUAGCUGGGGAGGGCGCGGCAGCGGUGGUGGUGGUGGUGACUGGAACAACGGUGGUAAUCAAGGUGGAUACGGUGGAGGUAAUCAAGGAGGUUGGGGGGGUAAUGGACCUUGGGAGAAUCAAAACCAAGGUGAAGGUGGUGGCUGGAAUCAAGGCGGACAGGGUGGCUACAACAGCGGCGGUAAUUGGAGCAAUGACAACUUCGGUGGUGGUUAUCAGCAAGGUUACGGGGGCGGCCCAGUGCGCAACAAUUUCAAUUCGGGUGGCAGAUCAGCUCCAUACGGCAUUAAUUCGGGUCCCAGCGGACGUCAGUCUGGAGACUCAAGAUGGUUACCGCCGUUCAGCGGACAAGGUCCUAUGGGUGGUGGAAAUUCCGGCGGCGGUGGGGGAUACGGUAAUCAAGGUGGUUACGGUGGCAAUUCCCUCGGAGGUGGAAACAUGGGUGGCGGCGGUGGUGGAGGAGGAGGCGGCAGUGGAAGGAGAUAUUAAGAUAACAUUGAGCAUAUCGCUGACCCUUCUCGCUGGUGAAGCUACUACUCCUACUACUCCUACUUGUCUUCUAGUCGCCAGUACUUCUGUACUGUUUAGUAUUGGAGCAGGCAGG